AUGCUGCAGCAAAGCACACCGCCGCCACACGUUGCAGCUUGUCGCAUUUCCGACAUGAAACCACGCUGCUCAGUGUCCACUAACGAUGGAUAUGAGAUCCUCUGCAACUUUGACUUCUUUGACGUAGUCAAGAACAAAGAUGCAGUUGCCCACGAUCCAGACCCUAAUCCGCCCCGCCCCGAUUAUCUCGAAAACCAUCAUCAACACAACAAUUACCGAUUCACGGCUGUGUUCAAGGCCAUCAAGGCCGCAAACCCUGAUUUCCGUUUCGACACCAUUGACGUCAUUAUAUCCUCCAGCGCGUUGGCAGGACUUCUCCUAAAUUGGGCGGUACCUACCCUCGGUCAUCUAACUCUGGACCUGUUCGGAAACACGCUCGUCAUCAGUGGCAUGGAGGCAUACACUCAUCACAAAUUCUGGAGCCAGAGUAGUGACAUACAUGCAUUGCACUACUUAGCGACGACACAACCAUCCAAAAACCCACAUCGUGCUGUAAAAUACAAUUUAGGCGGUCUUUCAAUCAUCGUUGUCAGCGAACCUAAUUUAACCUAUACCGAUACUGGUACCGGUACCGGCAGAUCCAAGAAACAUCGAAAAGGAAAGACUGCACCUGUCACUGACUGCGCGGCUAUGUUCGCAUUGCAACUUGGGCCGGACUCGUGCUGUGACAACAAUUUGCACAACUCAAUCGUUUCGUGGCUCUCAAGGGCCGAGUACAUUGCCAAGAUGAAAGUCGAGCAAAGAGAGGGUGUUCAGAAUGCCCUUAACCGGGUGGCUGGUGUUCUACAUUGGUUGCGGGAAGCAGUUAUUGCGAAAUCAGAAUCGUCCACCAAGUUCAAGGUUGGCGGUUGGAGUGAUGUUGAAGGGGGGGCCGUGUCCACUCUAGCAUUGUACGAUACCGAGCAGGACUCCCGGGUCCUGCACCGAAUGUAUGGAGAGUUCUGGGACAAUCCGACAACAGGGUACGAUGCGGCAGAGCAGGACACAGGGGAUGAAGAUAUUGCGGAGUGUUUGACAAAGAAGCACCUGCAAGCCCUUGCCGAGGUGAACGGGCUGCAGCGUUUUUUGAAGGAGCGAUGA